CCGGUCUAAAACAUAGACUGUUUGCUAAGGUGGUCGAAAUUCGCAUCUACUAGCGUCAGUUUUCAAAAAUAGCCCAGCCAGGAAUAAACUGAAAAAGAUUUUCAGUUGUAAGCCAGAAUCGAACAGAAAAACAUUUCAGAGCCAGACGCCAUCAAUCUUCUAUUCGUAUGAACUGUGCAAUAUUUUGAUGGAACUUUUUAUAGACUUUUAGAAACGAUGAUGGGAGUUUGUGGAUCACUUCGCAACGGUUGGUGUGGAUCAGAAAAUGGAAAUAGUAAAUAGACGAGCAAAGAGAGGAAGAAAAUCCCCUAAGGUGCCCAUCAAAACCUACAAGUGGGAAGACAUACACAGAUCUCGAAGAAGAGGAGGUUACCCGUGGACGCAUCUGUACAAAGAACCAUUCUACGAGCACCUUGAUCCAGAACCUUGGACAAUGGACGGUAUGCGCAAAGCCAAAAGCUCCUCCACAAUGGGAAAAUCAGAAGAUUUCUCUAUAUCCGAAGUGUCUACAUUCGAUAACAGAUCUGCAGUUGAAGAGAUCCUUGAUAAUCCCAGUAUAGAUAUUAAAGACAAAAGUCAUUCCAUUAAAACUAGCUGUAGUUCCUUAAAUCUUGAAGAACAAGAAAUAGACGACGACAUUGAACGCACAUACGAAGUUAUAGAUAAAGAAGAUGAAGAUAUUCAAAGCCCUGGAAUGUUUUUCUUGCAUUCUGAAGAAAGCUCAGACGAUAUUAGUCAGUAUUUGGAUAAAGAAGAGCGUGUACCAACGGAAGCUUCAAAAAAAUCUGAAGAUAGAUUAGAUCCGGAAGAAGUUUCAGAUAGGAAAAGAAAAUUAUCGGCAGACAGCAGUAAUAGCAAGCUAAGCUUGGGAAAGAAAGCAAUUUUACAAAAGUUUAAAGAUACCAAAGAAAAAAUAAAAAUACCAAAAAUUACCUUUCACACUAAAUUAAAGAAGCCCAUUCUUAAAAAAUCCAAAAACUCUCCUCCGCAAGUUAAAAAAAUUACUGAAAAGCCAGCAGCCCAUUCUACUGCAAAAGAUAUUAAACCGGUUUAUAUACAUAUACCCCUCAAACCACCUCCUGGCGAAACUGAUCAAUUUUCUGACCUGGAAAACGAAACAACAACAGAUAAAAAAGAAACAAGAAAACCUAGCAGUUUUAGAGACUUGGUCAAGAAUAUUAAACACCUUCAGGAACCAAAAAUUGAACAUAAACAUCCGUCGCCAAUCAGAGAACUUACAGAAGAAGAUUCAGAAAAUUCUCACGAUAAAGAAAUAGUCGAAGACACUGUUAAAAGACUUACUGCAGAAGAUCAUCCAAUAAUUGAAGAAGUAGCGACUGCAAAAGAUGAACCAUUGAGAGAUAAGAGUAAAGAACAAGAUGAAGCCAUGGAAAUAGUAGAAAUAGUUGAUGAAUCUAAUGAAAUAAAAGAAAUUAGAGCCGAAGAAAAGACUCCAGAUAGCUUACCACGUGAUAACGACUUCUUCGAUAAACUUUUCGAAGCAUCCACUUCUAGAGAAAGAAGCGAUUCUCAAAAAGAAAAUAGAAAAGCACGUUCGAAGUCGGCUGAACCAGAACGUAAGAGAAAGCUAUCACUAGAAAGCAGUUAUAGCAGAAAAAGUCUGUCAAAAUUGGGCCUACUUAAAAAACUAAGAGAUGCCAAAGACAAGAUUAAAAACACUCUAUCCAGAGCGACUUCGAAAAAAGACAUCAAAGUUAAAGAAGAACCUGUUAAACCCGAAGAUAAGUCUGAAGAAAAACCUAAAACGCAGCUAAAGCCAAAAAAGUUUGUAGAACCCGUAUACAUUCACAUUCCUCUCAAGCCUCCAGAUGGCCAAACUGAUGAAUAUUCACAUCUGGAAAACGAAGCUAGGCCUAUAGAAAGAGUUGAAACUCAAACUGAAACUGUAGCUAGUAGUCCAGAAGAUACACAUCCACCUAAUGGUAAUGUUCAACUAAUUAUACUGACAGCUCCGUCUGAUGAUGAAAUAUUGGAUGACAAUAGUCCCGAUGUACCAGAGACUCCUGUUUCGGAAACUAAAGUUUUCUUUCCCCUCAAGGUACACGAAUUAAAGAAGAUCGCGCAAGAUGCAGUCGAAGAAGUGACAAACGGGACAUCUAAAACAUUGAGUCCAGUUACAGAAGAACCGAUUAGUCCAAAAAGUUCUCUUGAAGAUAUCGCUAAAAAGGCGCUAGAGGAAGAUAAAAAGAAGUUAAAAGAAGAUGCGUUGGAGGAAGUCAGAAAAGUUGAACAUAUGAUGGUAGAUGAAGAAGAUGGUUUAAGUGAGACUAAGAAACAGGAAAGCGUAGUUGAAGAACUUAAGGUAGCAGUUUCUAAAGUGGUUGAAGAAUUAGACGCGCAAAAAGAUGAAUCUAAACCUGAUAAAAAAGAGGAGGUAACUACUGAAGAAAAAUCGGAAACAAUUAUAGAAGAACCUCACAAACCAAUCGUUGAAGAAAAUCAGACCGCAUCUGAUGAAAAACACGAAUUAAAAUCCGUCCUAAAGAGUCCUAAUUCACCAGUGAUGAAGAAGAAAGUAUCCUUCAAGAGAAAAUCUAGAAGUAAAAGCUCCGAAGAUGGCGGUCCAGGUUCUGAAAAGGACGAUACAAACCUUGAGACUAUUGCAGUUGAUGAAGAUAGAGGUGAUUUGGAACACGACAAUGAUAAAGAUAGCUCCAACAAGGAGAGUGAUGAGAGAUGGUCUAAAAUAAGUGACCAUGACCAUGAACCUGUGCACUUACAACAAUCCAACAACAUCGACAUACCAACUUUUACCCUAAACAACACGCCAGCAGUUGUGAUCAGCGCAGACCAAGCACUAGGCUCGGGCGACCAAGACAACUAUAACUUAAGCACCAAGCAUGUCUACGAAGAAAUAUCAGAGGACAGCCAGAAAAGAUCGCCGAGGCCCCAACGAGUCGUCUUCUCUGCCACGACAGACUCGAAAAGCUCAGAUGUCAGCGAAACAGAACCGAAGCCUAAAGAAGGCCCGAGCAGAUUCCAAGCGGCCUUCAAACAGAAAGCCGAUAAGUUCAAAACCAAGCUCCAAAACUUCAAACGACCUCACAUUAACUUCCCGGAGAGGCCCAAAUUCCAAAAACCGAAUUUGCAGAGGUUCAAAAUCGAAAAACCCAAAUGGAACAUGCCGAAAAUUCCAGACACUGCUAAAAUAAACUUACCGCACUUCAGCCUUCCGCGCAAAGGUGCUAAGAAGCCGGUAAAACGAAUUUCAUCGACAGAGUCCACCUCCGGUGACUCUAAGAGAAUUACAUUCGACUUCGGUACUUACCCCAGGAUUUUCAAGAAGAAGCCUAAACCUGAGGUUGCGUCAGAUUUCGCCACGGUUCCUAGAGCCAAGAAAACUGACAGCAGUAAAUCUACCGAUGAUAGUAGAAAAAGCGCUACGGACUCUAUCAGAAUCCCAUUGCAUUCGGAUGAUUCUGUGGAGAAAGAUAACGUUAGCUUGCCAGUAGAUUCGAGUGAUUUGAACAGAUCAUCUCACAUCAGAUAUGAUGAAGGUAUCGAUAGUGAGGAUGAAUAUAAUAAAGAAACUAGAGAAAUCAUGGAAGAACGAGAUUUCUUAAGUAGAUGGCAGAGAGGAAGAUUCAACCCAGAUGAACUCAUGGAACAAAAGCGUCAACACAGAGUUACAGAUCUAGAUUCACCUUCUGAAGAUAAAGAAUUCUCUUCUAAUAAUGGUAAAGACCAACAUUACUCUUCAGGCAGCUCAGUAGGAGUGGGAGUUCACAGACAAGGGGUCAUAGAGGAGAUUAACCCAGAUGAAUUCUUUUUACGACAGAAAGGAAUCUCCCAGGAUAAUAUUGAAGUAGGAAUGUACCUGAGUACUGAAAUAAGAGAGGCUUUUAGAAACCCUACCAACGCUUUGGUCCAAAUGGAACAAAACAACUUUGAUAAAGGUUCCCACCAAUCUUUACCAGAAAUGCAAAGCAAACGAAAGCCUAUAAAGAAGCCUAAAAGAAAGAAAACCCCACAUGCUUCUCAAGAAAGAUUCCAAUAUGAAGAAGAGGAGACUGCCGAUGACGAAUUUGAUGCGUAUCCGCCUUCAAGACCUAAACGUCGUAGCAAAAGAAAGAAAAAGAUCAACGAAGAGUUUAUCCCUUAUCAAGAAACUAUUCAAGUAGAGGAAGCACGUGACGAUAGAUUAAUGCAACAUAGAGAAAGUUUAGGAAUCCUAGCUGAUGACGAACGGGACUUUAUGUACGAAAACGAGAAAAUGGAGGGUAUUGAACAACCCGAAAUUCAAAUAACCGAUCCUUAUAAAGAUUACGGCGAAGAAGAGGCGGAAGAAGAAGAGGAAGAAGAUUUAUAUAUCCCUGAAGCUCCGCCACGUCUAAAACCGAAAAAUAUUAAAAGUUUAAAGACUUUUGAAGCAGGAUCUGCAGUUCAAAAAUUCGAUGUGGUUGCAACAGUUCCUACUAAUGGAAGAGUACCAGAAAGAAUAAGUUAUCAUACGAAAGAGAAAGAACUCGUAAAGGAAUAUGAGCCUGAAAUGAUAAGUUACCAUAAUAAGGAGAAAGAACUUGAAGAAUAUGAGCCUGAAAUCAGUUAUGAGUUGAAUAUCACUGAACCUGAAAUUGGUGGUAUUGAAGAUAUAUCAUAUUUAGAAGCAGAUAUAGGCAAAAACUUCAAUAACUAUAGAUAUAUGGAUGAAAGCAUUGAAGACUUGCCACCAGCGGCUCCCCCACGUAGACAAAAAAGUUUGAAAAGCUUGACAAUAUCUGAGAAUGAGUCGUAUCCCGGAGAUCUAACUGCAAACCGAGCAAUUUUCAGUUCGGAAAAGAAACUUGAAGAACCUGAGAUUGAAACAAUCAGAACAGAAUCAAAAAUAAUAAUACCUAUAGAAGAGGAGAUACCUCGACCAAAGCGUCCAUCGAGAUCAAGAUCCAGGGGAACGGGUUCUAGAUCAGUAUCUCAACAUAGCUUAGCUCUACACUCUGACUCUUUGGCUGAAGAAAAUCCAGUACCAUGCGUAGAAGAACCUUGCAUGCAAACUGUCUGUGAUUACAUGGGUUAUACAACUGUGGACCGAAAUAAGCCCAGAGAUCCACCUUUACCACCGCCGAGAACACUUCAAAGAAAAAAGAGGUCCAAAAAGAACCAAGAAAAUAACUUUUUCACCGUACCUAGAUCAAAAGCGCAGGAAGAGGCUGAUGCUCCAGUUAGGCCCCUCAGAAUUUACAGUACCAUUGGCCCUUCACAGAAAUCAGAGAUGGAAAAUAAAGAAAAUCUAGACAUAGAAGAUAUAAUGCAGUACAUUGAACAAGAUGAUGAUAGAGAUCUACAGUCUGGCGAAGUUAUUGAAAAAAUUAAAACGAGGCCUUUACCAACUCCUCCAAGGCCUCCUAGAAAAAUUAGACCACUGUCUGACAUCACCUCUAGAGAAAAUAUAAUGAUAGACUCAAUAGAGGAUUUACCGAAAGCAUCCACCGGAGAAACUGAGGUCUACACCCAAACAGAACCACUUCCAGAUGAUUUCGUGUGCGAAGAAAUGGUUCAAGAAGCCACUGACAGAGUUAUCAUUCCUACACAAACCACAGAGAAGCACAGAGUGAAAAGGGAACUCAUCACUCCUACUGUCUUCACCCACGAAGAGACGAUAACCCAUGGUUCGCUUAUAGUAGAACCAUUAAACGGGGCAAAAAUUUUACCCGAUUCCGCUUUUACACAAAGAUCAAAAGAAACUCUGAUAUCAGUUCAUGUAGAAUCUGAUAAUGAAGAAACAUCUUUCAUUCCGGAUGAGUUUCAUAAAUUGUCUAAUCCUAAGAGCAACACACCCGUAACAAGCGAAAUGGAUGUACUCAAAGCUCACAAGCUGCAAGUCAUUGACUUAGAUGUAGACACCUUAACCGUUAAUAAGCUUUUGGCUGAUAAGAUAGUAGUGUCAGAGAUAGAUAGUAGUAGCAUUCAGACUAACGAAAUAUCAUCGAGAACUGGAGCUUUAAAAGUUGGAGAAAUCAGUUUUCCACCGGAAGUAUUGGAACAGAUAAUAAAAUCAAUACAGAGCAGUCACGUUUCAGAUGAACUUGAGAAACCGAAUGAUGAUUUGGGUGAACAAAAAAAAACUCCGAUUGAAUCUAGCCCAAUCGUAAAAUCAGUUUCCGAACAUAAUUUCGAAGUUUGCCCUGUAGCCGAACCAGAAACAAGCGAAGAAUUAUUAUCCGAUGUAUCUUUAACAGAAACUGUUCCUGUUGAAGAGAUAUCCAAAGAAAUGCCUCCUAUAGUUUCCGAAGUUGAAGAGGUAUCGAAAGAAAUUCCUUCGCUAGUUUCUGAAGAGGUUUCUUUGAAUUUAGAAGUACACGAGAGUCCCCCAGAAGCUCCUCAUAGAUUAGUAAGUGAAAAUGUUGAAUCUUCUCAAGUGGAAGAAGUACCCCGAGAAGAAGAACCUCCCCAUAGGCCUCCCCGACAGUCAGAACGCUUGAAACCUUCCCCGUCAGCUACUGAACUCUCGAUACAAGAACCGGAAGUAGAUGACGAACCUCCACCAAGACCUCCUCACCCCCCAGUAGGGUACAUACCGUCCCAACCUCCAGCUAGCUUUUAUGCUCUUAGAGCACAGAAAUACGUUGACGAAAACAUUCCUGUGGUGCCCAGAAGAAGGAGGGCCACUAAGUCUAAACAGCUGACUAGGUCUAGCUCUGAGGAAUCUUCAGAAAUUACGCCGGUGGUAAGGAGGCACCAUAGGCGUUCUAGCGAGCCUUCGAUAGCACAGCUAUCCGGGCAGCUGAUCAGAGCCUGCGGUUCUGAGGCUAAUAACGCACUAAAAAGACUGAUAACCUAUAUUUUAAAUAACGUGUUUCAUAAUGAAGACGGUAAACAAGACUUGAAUGUAAUGAUUAUCAUAAUUCUGGUGCUGAUCGCUGGACUGUUGUUGUUGGGUUAUGGGGAGGAAAGGACUGUUGUUCAUUUGCAUCACUGGGAAUAUUUUAAUCCUCCAAAAGAUUUGUAAUUUGUUGAUUCAUUUUAAUUUUUAUGAUCGAAUAUAUUAGUUGUUACGUUUGUUUUUUUUUUGUAAUUUUUAAGUAUAUGAAUCGUGUAUAAAACCUUAAUAAAACGUUAGUAAGGG